GGUAAGGACUAGAAAGAAUGGAUGGAGAGCAAGAGCAACCAUCCCCAAAUCCUUCCACGCUCCUCAGAGACAUCUCCAAUUUCAGAACCCCUAAGCAUUCAUUCCAAAAACCUACUUCACACUCCCCAUUUCCUCUAUUCACUGCACCUAAACAAACCCCAUCUUCUUCAUCCUCUGCUUUCCGUCGCCGCUCUUCAAUUGCUCCAUCCUCUCGUUCAAAAGCUGCUCGUAAGUUUAAAGCCUUUGAGCUUGAACAAUCUCAAUCCUCUCGGAAGGCCCAAAUCCGUAAAGAGAAAUCUCUGAAGUCUCUUGCCAAAUCACUAACUGCAUGGCUCAAUUUCCUCUUUGAGAAUCCUAAAGCUUGUGGAUGUGAUAUUACCGCUUUGAAUGGAGCAGAUCGAUUGGAAAAUGCGAGGACUGUGUUUGCUAACGGUAAGAGGGACAGUUGGCCAGGAGUUGAGGUUGGGGUCGAUGGAGCCUGGAGGAUCCCAAAGCGCCAGAGGGAUAACUCUUGGCAGACUGUACAUCUUGAUGACGCGGAGCCGUCCUGGUCAUUGCCGGCAUUUUCAUCGCUUGAGGUUUCUUUGCGGGAAGUUUGCAGCUUUGAAGAUUUGACGCAGCGUAUGAGAGCCUACCUGAGUUCGGGGAGCUGCAAGGAGGUGCUUUCUGUGAUGAGUCAAGUAGCAAAGAAUAUUGAUGAAGGGAGGUUGAAGAUGAAAGCACACUGCCCAAUGGUAACGGAUGUAGGAAUGAAGGAGAAGGCCACACGAAUCCUUAUGGGUUACAGUCCAAUUUGGCUUCGUAUUGGAUUGUUCAUUAUUUUUGGUGGUGACUCAUUGCUGCCCACUGGAGGUGUCAAUUCUGAUCAAGAAGUUCUAUUCUUAAAGAUGGUGGUAGAGAAGCAAUUUUUUUCUCAUGCGGGUCUUGCAAAAGCUUAUGCUUAUAACAAGUUGGUUGAGGGUCUAUACAGACCAGGUUACUUUGAGGCUCUGGGAAAUGUCUUAUUGAAGAGAUUUUUGUUGCUUGUUCUUAUACUUGACAGAGCUAAAUCUCAAAGCAGUCUUCCAAUAAUUUAUGGCAUUGAUGGGACUGAUGGAGGGUCUCCACUGUUAUUUGUUUCUCAGUCUAAUAUUAAAUCAAGUCAACAAGUUAUACGUGAUUUCUUAUCAUCGGAGGUAAUGCAUGGAGAAGGCAACCUUCUUGCGCAUCUGGUGAUCCUUGGAUACAAAGUCCAUUACCAACAGCAUCCAAUCCUGGAGUACGAUUUCACUGUAAAAGAGUUAUUUGAAGAUCUUCAGGAUGGUAUCCGGCUUUGUAGAGCCAUUCAACUCUUGCAAUGUGAUGCAUCAAUUCUCAUGAAAAUGGCAGUUCCUUCAGACACUAGAAAGAAGAAUCUUUCAAAUUGUGGGUUAGCCAUGCAGCAUCUUAAGCAGGCAGGUGUGCCAUUAUAUGAUGAAGAUAGAGGGAUGAUUGUAGCAGAAGAUGUUGCUAAUGGAGACAAGGAGCUUACCCUUUCGAUGCUUUGGAACAUCUUUGUUCACUUACAGUUACCACUGUUAAUCAAGAAGACACUGUUGAUUGAAGAAAUAUAUAAAGUCAAGGGAGCUAAUACGGACCAUUCAAACAACCUGAUGGAAAUGCUUCUGGAGUGGAUACAGGUCAUCUGUCAAAAGUAUGAUGUCAAAGUUAACAGUUUUGAAUCUUUGGUUGAUGGUAAAGCCAUUUGGUGCUUGAUUGAUCACUACUUCCGUAAAGAACUUAAUCAGUCUUGUUUUCAUAAGGGGAUUCAAGAUGUCAAUUAUGAAGAUUCUAUUUUGUCAUCUACCGAUAAGAUAGAUACAAUUCAAAACUUUAUUUUAUCUCAGAAGCUAACAUCAAUCUUGGGAAACUUUCCCGAGGUGUUGCAAACGAGUGACAUACUUGAAAAUAAUGGUCCCUGUAGUGAACGUAGUGUGAUGGUUUUGUUGGUAUUCCUUUCGUCUCAAUUGAUUGACAGAAAGAACAUGGAUAUGUUGAAUCUUCAUAAACUCUUGGGGUGCAAUUGUCAAAGUACACACAAGAAGCGUUUAAGUCUUGAGAAGUGUUUCCUGAAUUCUGAAAAGCUGGCGGAAGAAAAUGGAACAGAUGAAUACAGAGAUGCUGUGAAAAAUUUUAGAGCCAUCCAAGCUUGGUGGGAAGAUAUGGCUAACCAAAACAACAGCUGUGUACAUAAACCAGCUGCCUCUUCUGUACAGUGCCUUGUGGAUGAUGUGACCAACAGACAGUACUCUGAAAUUCAAAGAGAAAGGGCUGCGAAAGUCAUACAGUCUUGUUUCAGAGGAUUGAUUGAACGCCACAAGUUUUUGAAAACAAAGUCUGCAGCUUCCUUGCUGCAAAGUGGUAUUCGGGCUUGGCUAGUGGUGAAGCAGAUGGGAACCUUGAAGAAAGCCAGUUCCUCCAUCAUUGAACAGCAGCCUUUUGGAUGGCAGCAACAUUCGCACACAUUUCUGAGGUAUUUUAAGUUUUUAGUUGACAGAUAUAGCUUUAUCAGGUUGAGAAAGUCCACGUUGCUUAUUCAGCAAGCAGCAAGGAUUUGGAUGAAGCGAAGACAUCACAGUAAAAGCAUGGUCAGUUUUGUGAAUAAGCUGAUAGGUGGCAAGUUGGUAGUCAAGGACCUCCAAAUUAAUGCCGAGGGUAAUAUUCAGGUUUCUUGGAGAGAACUUACUGUGCAUACCUCUUUCUCGAACCAAUGCAUUGCUGCAACCAAAAUUCAGAGUCAUUGGCGGGGUUGGUUCAUGAGAAGCAAAUUUUUGUGUCAGAGGAGAGCAACAAUAGAGAUCCAGAGUAUGAUUCGGUAUCUAAAAUGUCGGCUGGUGUUUCAACAAUGUAAACUUAAAAUUAGGUCAGCAAUCAUAAUUCAGUCCCAUAUUCGUGGAUGGGUUGCUCGGAGAGAAGCUAAUAAACUGAGGCAUCGAAUUGUUGUGAUCCAAAGUCAUUGGCGUGGUUGGUUGGUGAGGAAAUAUUUUCUAAACCAAAAGAAUGCUAUAAUAAAGAUCCAGAAUGGUCUCCAAUGCCUAAGAUGCUGGAAGACUUUUCAGAGUUACAGGCAUGCAGCCAUUGAAAUUCAACGGUUUGUCAGAGGGCAGGUUGAUCGACGGAGGCUUGUAGGUGCUUCUUGUCUUCACUUGGUUAUGCAUCAUACUUGCAUGGACGAGAUCUCAAGAGACACCAUCCUAAGCCCUGAAUUGAAAGUUUUGUUAAAUUCAGUUCUGAAAUUGCAAAGGUGGUGGAAGAAUGUUUUAUUGAUGAAAUCCAGAAGAAGGGCCGCAAUUCUUAUUCAGUCACAUGUUCGUCGAUGGCUUGCUAAACGAGUAGCUAGAAGGGAGUGGAAUCGUGUUGUUGUGAUCCAAUCAUAUUGGAAAGGAUACCUUGCACGGAAAGAAUCGAAAGAGCAGUUACAGGAUUUGCGGAUCAGAGUGCAGAAUUCUGUUGCAAAUGUAGAUGAUAGCAUGCGUCUUAUAAAUAGACUCGUAACUGCACUUUCAGAACUAUUGAACAUGAGAAGUAUCAGCAGCAUUCUUCAUACUUGUGCAACUCUAGAUGUGGCUACAAAACAUUCUCAGAAAUGUUGUGAGAAGCUUGUAGCUGCUGGUGCAAUUGGCACACUAUUGAAGCUGAUUCGUUCGGUUAGCCGUAGCAUCCCUGAUCAAGAGGUUCUAAAGUAUGCGCUUUCCACACUCAGAAACCUUGCCCACUACCCCCAUUUAGCUGAAGUGCUAAUUGAUACCCAUGGAUCUGUGGAAACAUUCCUAUUCGUGGUGCUGAGGAACAAGGAGGAAGGAUAUUUCAUUGCCUCUGAGCUUUUAAAGAAAUUGUGUUCAACACAGAAUAGCUUAGAUGCUGUACACAGACUCCCUGCUCUCUUAAAGAGGCUAUAUAGCCUUGCUGAGGAUCUCAAGAGGAAAGCAAGUAAUGAGAAGAGGACUGCCCGCCCUCUGGCUUUAAGAGAGAGCACUGAGCGAAGGUUGAGAGAGGCUGAAGCGCUCUUGAAAUUGAUUGGAGCUUGUUAAGAAAUCUUAACCAUUCCAUUCCUUGAAAUCCUUGUUUUUGGUUGAAAAUCU